AUGGCCGGGGACUCUCACGUCAUCUACGCAGCCCACCCAGAGGGCCACAUCGAGCCUGACGUCCACCUCAAGUAUGUUGAGAGCGAGAUCGACUUAGAGAGCGUACCGCUCAACGGUGGCGGGCUCCUCAAGGCGGUUGCUAUAAGCAGCGAUCCAUACCUGCGUUACCGCAUGCGGGACCCGAGCAUCCCCCACUUUGUGCCUGCUUUCGAUCUUGGAGAGCCCAUCGAGAAUUUCGGUAUUGCUGCUGUGAUGCGCAGCGAUGACCCGAAAUUCAAGACGGGCGAUCAAUUUUCGGAUUACAAUGUCUUCCCUGGGACCCGUCCUAUGGCUCUUCGAUUUGGUCUCACAAAGGUCGAGAAGAUCCCCGGUCAUCCUUUGUCGAUCUGCACGGGGCUGAAAGGCUUUGCAUCCGAGAAGGUCAAGACGAGCAAGACAUUGUUUGUCUCUGGCGGUGCGGGUCCCGUGGGAACAUUUGUGAUCGAGUACGCCAAGGUAAUGGCGCCACAUCUGAAGAUCAUUGCUUCAGCAGGCUCGGCCGCGAAGGUCAAGAUCAUGAAGGAGUGUGGUGCUGAUGUCGCUUUUAACUACAAGGAGCAAGAUGCUCGGGAAAUUCUGAGCGAACACGGGCCGAUCGACAUCUACUGGGACAAUGUCUCUGGCCCUAUACUCGAUGCUGCGCUGGUCAAUUUCAAUAGCCAGGGGCUGAUCAUUCACUUGGGGGAGAUCUUCGAGCGCAGCCUAACCGUGAAAGGCUUACGCUUUGCACAAGGCGAAUCUGCACAAGUCAUCUCGAGUUUCUUCGACGAGGUUAUUCCGCUGGUGAAGCAAGGAAAGAUCACUAGCCGCGAACAUCGAUACAACGGUCUCAAGGCUGCUGGAAAUGCUUUAAGGGACGUGCAUACCGGCGAUAACGUUGGGAAAGCGGUCAUCGUCGUUGAUGAGGAGCGUCUGUAGGCAAUACCGGUUUGCAAGCGACAAGAACUGCACAGUAUUGGUUGGGGCACUCUCCCU